AUGCAUCAACCAGCAAAUACAUCACCACAAUCAACAAAUCAGACUUUAUCUGACCGUAAUAUGGAUACAUCAUCAACAUCUAAUGGUGGAAUUAACUAUGGACAUCCAAAUCCAUCAUCGACCGGUCAAUCACAUCACUAUCAUUCAUCGUCCUCGUCAUCCCAUCCCAGUUCACUUCAAUCUUCAACAACAGUUCCCAAACAUGAACCAAUGGAUUACGAUUCAAGCAAUAGUACUCAUCAUCAUCCUCAUCUUCAUCCACAUUAUGCACGAAAUCUAACGCCAAACUCUUUAUCCGUCCAAACCGGUUCAUCAAAUAACAAUAUCAAUAAUAACAAUAAUAAUAAUAAUAAUGGUUUAAUUGUCAAUGGUUCUAUUGAAAUUCCAUCAAAUCGAGUUACAGUUCUACGUGGCCAUGAAUCGGAAGUGUUCAUUUGUGCGUGGAAUCCUACACAUGAUCUCUUGGCAUCUGGCUCAGGCGAUUCUACAGCACGCAUAUGGAAUUUACAAGGUACACGUGAACCUGAAAUAAUCUUACGACAUUGUAUACGACGCGGUGAUACACAAGUACCGAGUAAUAAAGAUGUCACGAGUUUAGAUUGGAAUCCGUCUGGUACACAGUUAGCGACGGGUAGUUACGAUGGCUAUGCACGUAUAUGGUCAUCCGAUGGAAAUCUAGUUAGUACGCUCGGUCAACAUAAAGGACCCAUAUUUGCAUUAAAAUGGAAUAAGAAAGGCAACUAUAUCUUAUCGGCUGGCGUCGAUCGUACAACAAUCAUAUGGGAUGCUAAUUCUGGUCAUUGUGAACAACAGUUUUCAUUUCAUACAGCACCAGCAUUAGAUGUCGACUGGCAAUCAGAUACAACAUUCGCAUCUUGUUCGACAGAUCAAAAGAUUCAUGUUUGUCGUCUGAAUGAAUUACGACCUGUUAAAACAUUCCACGGACAUCAAAACGAAGUCAAUGCCAUUAAAUGGGAUCCACAAGGACGACUGUUAGCCUCAUGUUCAGAUGAUAUGACAUUAAAAAUUUGGAAUAUGACAAAAGAUACACCUGUUCACAAUUUGCAAGCACAUAAUAAAGAAAUUUACACGAUUAAAUGGAGUCCAACUGGUCCAGGAACUAUGAAUCCAAAUGCCACAUUACUUUUAGCCAGUGCUUCGUUUGAUUCGACUGUGCGUUUAUGGGAUGUUGAACGUGGUAUUUGUCAGAAUACGCUUGUGAAACAUUCCGAACCAGUCUAUUCAGUAUCAUUCAGUCCUGAUGGACGUCUAUUAGCUACUGGUUCAUUUGAUAAAACCAUAUAUAUCUGGGAUAUUGCACGUGCAGAAAUUGUUCAUAGUUAUCGAGGUACUGGUGGUAUUUUUGAAGUUUGCUGGAACAGUCGUGGCACUCGGGUCGGUGCAAGUGCUUCUGACGGAACAGUGUGUGUUCUCGAUCUGCGAAAAUAA